AUGAAAUUCUUUAAAAAACUCUUAAAAUGCUUCAAGAAACCCAAAAAUCAAGAAGACAGUUGGGACGAUAUAUGCAAAAAAGUUGAGUCUUGGUCAACAAAGUCAACAGACGAUAAAGAAGAAUCUUUUGAAACCACCUUACCAACUGUUGAAUUUGAUAAUCAAUUCUCUGUAAUUGAUCUGAAGUUUUACACAAGAUAUGAAGAAUAUCUUGAUGAUGUAAGGAGAGAAACCCCUGAAAAGUAUGAGAGGUUCAAGAUGUACUUUUCAUUUUUGGAUGCACAUAUACGUAGUUACCAUAAUCUCUUUCACGAUGCGAUGUGGUUUUACAGUAAAGCGAGUGCAUUCGACUUAUUGCUCUGGAGGAGAAAGCAAUAUGAGGAGGAUUUUGAGUACACGAUAGAUGUUUUGAAUAAAAAUUUUAGUCAUAUCUACCUGUUAGACUAUAACGAUUUGUUGGAUUAUGCUGAAAAUAAUCUUGUAUUUUAA